GUCAUGGACGAUUUUUUUAAUGGCGAUGACUAUGUCGACGAUUUGCUUGAUGAAGUAGAGAAGAACCAAGCGAGCACAGUCCAGCGUGAAAUUGAAACCGCGUUAAUCGAGUUAUACCCAUUAGACAGUCAUGUUAGUAAUGGAUUCUCAAGCCUGAGUCUUGUAGAACUUGCAAGUAACUACACACCUGGAGGACCUGCAGCAUACAAUCCGCUGGAUACCUUCUACGCAAAAUCAGGCCAAAACGAUGAGCGAAAGCUACUGAAGUCAGCGGCGCUACUGGAAAAGGGUGAACAGUUUGCCUUAAGGGCAGUUGGUUACCAGGUUGGACACCCACCGCUAUACCUUCGCUACUACAAAAAGAAUGAGAAUAAAGAUAGUGCUUCCGAACAGCCAGGAUGCCUGUUAAGCAAUACAGUCGACGAAAUGUUAAAUAACAUGGUUGAACGUCAAGAACACGCACCAGCCAGACGUUCCCGCAGUUCUAUGACGCUAUUACGUAAACGGAAAAGACAGACUCGAGAUCAUAACACGGAUGACUCAAACGAAAGCUGGCUAAUUAAAUACCAGCCGCGUUACUUCUCAGACCUCUUAACAGAUGAAGCUGUCAAUGUAGAAGUACUAGAAUGGUUGCGGUCGUGGAAAUGUAGCAAGUUGUAUUCUGGCAAUAAAAAGUCCCAGAGUGCAUACCAACAGAAGGAUAAAGAAAGUGAUGAAGUAGAUGUACCGAAAAUACUGCUGCUAGGAGGCCCUGCAGGAGUGGGUAAAUCAACAGUAGUCAACGUACUGGCACGCCAUUGCGGCUUUGAUGUUGUUGAAAUUAACGCAAGUGAGGACAGAAGCAAAGAGAAAGUGCUACCCACCAUUAAAGGCAUCGUCACCGCAAACUCAAUUUCAAAAAAUCGGCCUAACCUAUGUCUGCUAGAAGAAGUUGACGGACUUCAUGCUGCAGAAGGUCGAGUUAUCGGUGCAUUAAAAGAUCUUAACCAAAAGAAUAUGAUCAAGCGGCCCAUUGUCUGUAUAUGUAACGAAUUGUACGAUAAAAACUUGAGGGAACUGCGGCAGAUCUCAAAGGUUAUAGUAGUUGAAUCUUGUUAUACGGAGGCUUUAAAGCAUCGAUUAGCCAAUAUUGCUGAAUUGGAAGGAUAUCAAGUUGACGAACAAUUGCUCGAUGAUUUGAUUAAACUACAUCAUAACGAUAUUCGCAGUUGUAUAACGGCACUGGAAUUUAUAAUAAAGAAUCCUCAUCUAGCGGAUAAUCUGGAAAUAUUCGCCAAAGAUAGAAGCCAAGAUAUUAUCACUUUCUUGCGCGAUUUGUUCAACCAAAGAUCAACUCCACAGGCUAUGAGGAGGAUUGCAGACGCUUUCGCUGCCUCAGUUGGAAGUCAAACUUUAUCGCAUUUAGUUUUAGAAAAUGUAGCCAAAAUCGGUACCAGGAGCAUGUUCAAUGCAGUAGCUCUGUACGAUAUUAUGGCACAGGGAGAUGCGCUGUACCACAACUGGUGGAUGGAAGCGGUAUUAACAUUUGUAAAAAUGAUGCAACUUAAAUCUGCAUUCAAGUUUAUACUACCAAACACAUUGCAUAGCCAUUCAUAUGGACAAAGGCUAACCAAGAAUAUGACCGUGGUAAAAGUAAUUAAAAGGGAAUCAAUAAGUACAUAUGAUACGCUUUCUACCAGUUUAUGCGUCCAUCUGAUACCAAUGCUUUGUACCAUUGUAUCCGCAGCCUCGGAAGUAUCCUUAAGCUUUGUAAGCAUAGUCAGAAAUCUAAAGGAACUCGAUUUGUUAUGGGAAGCUUUUGCUCCACAGAAGGCAACUGCUAUAACAAGGUUAAUCAAGCUAUCAGUUCUACUUAAGGUCUACGGCAUAUCGGUGUUAGAGCAUCAAGGAAAUCUGGCACUGGACCCGCCAUUAUUAUCGCUCAUAAACAAUGAUAAGGCAAUUGGAAAUGAAGCAUUGAAUAUACUGCAGCAUAUACAAAAUGUUAAAAGUACCAAUGUUGCCAAUGGCAAACCAAAGAAUCUGAAAUCAUAUCUCCAGGAGAUUAAUCAACUUGGCUAUGCCAAAUUCCUUUCCAAGUAUGCAAGCGAUUAUGAUAUGAAUAUAAAUGCUAACCUCAAGCGCAUUUGCCGUAAAAACGGGAACUUAGUAGCACCAAUCACUUUCGAGCAGCUGCUAUUGGAGGAAUACCAGAGAUUCUCCCAAUUGUUAAAAGACAAUUGCUUCAACCCUGAUGCCAAGACAUAUGGAAUGUACAAAUAUUUCGGAGAACGUUGCAAUGCAGUUAGGUACAUUAUUAAUGACAUUUAGCCAUGUAUAGUAGAACCAUUUUGUAUAGUAGCCAUAA